AUACGUUGUUAGUCGUUGUCGUGCGUGUUAUUAUAUUAAUGUAAUAUUAGCGACUACCGGUAGUCUCCCGGCGCUCCAUCGAUUUAUAUAAACGUGUACUAAUUCAAUAACAUAUGUACAUGGUCCUUAUUUUUUUUUCGUUUAAUCAUCUACCUAUUCACGUCUCGACACCACGCGAACUCUGACUACGAUCAUUUGCGAGUAUACUGCACCUAUAUAUAUAUAUAUAUAAUAUAUAUGACAUACUUGAGUAUAAGUGUGGUGAGUAUAAGUAUCCGGUGGCCGACGGACAGUUGCAUCAAGGUAUUUACGAAUUAUUUUAAAAAUGCAUCGAACGACGUCGUAUUCGAAUGCCGCCGUUCUGUUUGCGAUCCUGUGGGCAACGAUCCCGUUGAGGCCAUACCUGUGCUACAACAUUGACUGUGAUUUCACUGAAAGUUACGAUGAGAUUAUCACAGUAAGCAUCAAAGAACCGGUGCAAGUUACAAAGUAUAAAUGGUGCUUAGACAUACCACCGAGAUGUCCAGACAACAGAAGAGAGUUCAGGACUGUACACAGGAACGUUACAGUGCCUAAAAUGCGUAAGGUAAAGAGAUGUUGCAAGGAUCAAAUCCAGUUAUACGAUAAUUGUGUACCAAAAUGUUCCGAGGAACAGUGUCCAAAUAUUCAAUGUGCAUCAGGUACUGAUAGAUGCAAAUGCAAGUCCGGAUACGUAGGUCAUUUAUGUAGACAAAAGUGUGACAUCGGACGCUGGGGCUUGAGCUGUGCGAACGUCUGCGACAAGUCGUGCCCGGACUGCGACCACCGCACCGGAUGCUGCAAGACGGCCACUGCCGGACUGUCGAUUUUCUGCGGCGCCGGUAGACUGCCCGCUCGGCAAACUGCAGUCUCUGUCGGAGACGGAAGCGGCAACGGCACCGUACGCAAACCCGACGACGGCCGCAACGACACAUCCGAACGCAAAACCGACGAGGCUGUUAGCCGUUCGAGCUCGGCGCGAUUCCGGAUGCUGAGUACUACCAUACGACUCCAGACGGCCACGUGGGAACCCACGGCCGUGGACGAGGCGAACGUCACGAAAAUCGAAAGCGCCACAGUUGACGUGCGGAAACCAACGGUGGCGACCCAGAGCGGAUCCGCAACGGCUGAGGCGACGGCUCUGAAGUACGACGAACUGGUGAUGAGGCUCGUGUGGAUAUUCUCUAUGACCGUGAUUGCAAUCGCCAUGGUGUUCGUCAUAAUGUUCGUAGUGUUCUUCAAGUGUUAUUGGGCACCCAAACCGGAAAAACCGAACACCGYGGCAGCUCGAAACCCGUGGCCGCAGCCGAUCACCAACAAAGUCCGAGAAACAUGUAUCACAACACAAAACCUAUGUCAUGUGCCACCAGAUAGAUAUACGAAGACCCCUACAUUACAUGCGUCUACCAAUGUUGAUUUACCAAUGCAUCCAGAUAUAUUUUGUCCAGUUUUCUCAGCACCUCAUUACACAGGUACUGAUGACCUUUUUGUUUGGGACGAAGUUUGCGUUGUAUCACUGAUGGCAAACGACCUUGCAGGCAAACGGUUUAGUGAUAGAAACUUAUCUAUAUGUUAUGAACAUUUUUAAAAUUACCUAUGUGUUAUAAAAGUAAAAAAGGCUUAGUUGUAACCGCUGUUAAUCACCUGCGUGUUAUUGUUAAGAGUGACUAAGAAAAAUAAUUAUGCAGG